UUCAGUUUCUUCCCAGCGGCAUCUCACUGUAGCCAUUAAGUGACCGCCUCAUUUCCUUUCCUUCUUCAGAAAUGCACUCUGUCCUCCAUUUCCUCUCGCAUCAAUCUUCUGAUCUCAUUACACACUGUCUCCACCUCCAUCUCCCUGUGUUCUUCCUCUUGAAUUUUCCUAAUCAUAGACAUGCAGUACGAUUCCAUCAAGAUCGGGCGGUAGUGGUGUUGGUUUUAGGAUUUUUUUUUUGUGUGUCGUCGGGACAAGGUGGUAACCUCCAUCAAGUUUUCUUUGAUAUUUUUCUGUAUAAUUUUCCAUUAUAAUUUAAAUAUUUGUGCAUUGCAUCCUAUAUUAAUUUAGGUAUCAAUUUAUUAAAAUAAAAAUAUGUAUACGUUAUCAUCGAGUGAUAAUAUUUCUAACUCAUCUACUACCUGAUAGAUCACGCUUAUCCUCAGUUCAACUUCAAUCUAAGUUACAGUACUUUUGGCCCUUUUGUAGUUUUUGAAAAAGCAUAUAUUGCUUUGAGUGUUCAGAGAAGUACUUAAAAAGACCACUAAGAAUUUGGCUGGCAAAUUAUUAAAAAUACUUUUUAACAAUAUAGGAAAUACAAAAUGACUAAAAAUGGUUUCUAAUAUAAAAUAGGGCUAAUACCACUGGAAAUACCAACCUUUAGCGAAAGUGCCAUUUAUAUUAUGUAGUUUUCGAUAUGACAAUUGUAUACCAGCCGUUAAGUUUUCCGUUAGUUGUUAACAAAAAAUACAGUCAGCAAUGACGUGGCAGCUGAUGUGGAAAAUUGUAAUAAAAAAUAAAUGUAAAAAACAACCUAAAAAAAUAAAAAAAAAUAAAAAACAAAAUCAAAAGCAAAGAAGGAAAAUGUCUUCUUCAUCUUCCUAUCUCUCUGGAUCUCUCCCCUUCGCCAACCUCUUCUUCCAGGCUCUGUUUUCGGCUGCAGAUUGGGGGAAUGAUUUUUUUUUGUUUAUGAGAUUUGUGUUAGGACAACCCUAAAUCGAUUAAUCCUCCCACUGUCGAGAAUAGACACCUCCUCCCCUUGUCCUCCAAAUCCGACACGAACCCUAAAUCCUUUCCGUUUCAGUUCUCCCAAAUCCUGACAUAGCCACCUUCUUCCCAAUCUUUAAUCCGCCGGUGGUAGUUAAUCGGAAUCGCAGGCUAUUUCUUCUUCCUCUUCCUCUUCCUCGUUCUCAAGCCACCCAAUUGAGCCAUCCCACCAGCCACGCUAUUGUCAUCGAUCCACCAUCGCCGAAUGAGAAGCUCGACUCACCGAGAAGGCUGGUUUUGGGAGAUUGAAGAGGAAGAAAUUCAGAGGCAGGGAGAGGCGUCCUUCUUACAGCAGCGGAAAAAAGAAAGGGUGGGUCAUUCUAAUAGUCUAAUCCUCACAGCGGCUCCCACCGUCUCUCCGUCCUCCACUCCCUUCACCUUGAUUCUCGCCUUCCCUCAAGCGCAGAUCCAGAACACCACAAAAGGGAAUCAGUGGCGGUGAUAAGCGUCAUCGAUGCUACUCUGUUUCCCGGAGCGUUGAAGAGGAGACAAGGAGCCGGAGACAGAGGAAGCUCCUAUCUGUUUCAAUUGGAGGUGACCCUCCUAAUUCCUUGAUUUCGGACGAGGAAGCUUCUGUUUCAAAAGCUAUCGUGGGAUAUGAAUUGAGAUUGGGCAAUUAUUUUUUCUGUUUUGUUUAUGGGAUUGAGUGAGAGAGAUAAGGUCGAUCGACGACUGCCAAUCGAGAGAGGCAGAGGCAGAGAGAUGUGAUUGACGCCGACGACGUCUCAGGCCACUCCCCUACCCGAUUGAGCUAUCUCGCUAUCCUAGUCGUUGCCAUCGAUCCACCAUCGCCAAAGGAGAAGCUCGACCCGCCGGAGAAAGCUGGGUAUGAGAUAUUGAAGCAGAAGAAAGCUGGAUUUUGGAGAAAGCUGGGUUUGGGAGGGUUGAAUUAACCUUCCUUGGCACCCGACGGCAUCUUCUUCCCCAACAUAAUAAAGCUCGCUUCUUCUUCCUCGCCGGCGGCGGCAGCGGGCUCUCCCCUAGGUGGGUGUGGUCAAGGAAAGGGUGGGUGUGUCAAAGAAAAGUUAAUUUUCUAUUCAAUUAUUAAUUAUUAAAUAAUUAAUUUAAAUGUUAAAUAAUUAAUUUUUUAUUAAUUUCCAACAUGGCAUCUAUGUGUCGUCUACGUGGACAACCCACAGGCGCCACUUCAUCAAUGGUCAGAUAAAGGUUGACCACCGUUAGGUCAACAGUUAGAUCUAACGGUCAACAGAAUUUCGCGUAACACAGAUGACACAAACCCCUAAUACGUUGGAAUAUUUUUGUGUUUAUUGAAAAUACGUAAUAUAAAUGACACUUUCGC